CAGUCUAAAGGGAGUCGAUGGUGCUAAUAUUAUUUCAUAAAUUAGGCCUAUUUAUCUUCCUGACACACACACACACAGAAAGAGAGAGAGAGAGGGGGAGAGAGAAACUGACUCUGUCAAUCCCUCCCCCGCUUCAGGACGUCACUGAAAGGGAGAGGACAGCAUCUUGGCUGACCCAGCUCUUUCUCUAGAUAACUGAAUUCAGCCAACCAAACAGGAUCGACCUCUCUUUCUCUCUCAGCCCUCCAGCCAUAGACGCCCAGCCAAAAGAGAGGGAUGUCACAGCUGCAAGAAAGACAGUCCUCCUCGGUCUGCAUGAACUACAAGCAGUGUGCGACCGUUCUUACGCACGGUAAAUAACCCAUGCGCUUACGCACGGGUUAUUUACUUCUUUUACGCGCUCUCCGGAGACAAAUCGUGCCAGUUUUGGACCUACUGACUGUUUAUCUGUCCCCUCUCUGUUGGUGGUAAAAAUGCUUCCCAGUCCGGUCAUAACUUCUUCCACCACGCCUUUUUCUGUGAAGGACAUUCUGAAGUUAGAGCUACAGCAACAAUCUCAGCAGCACCAGCUCCAGUUGAUCUCCUGCUUCGGUCUCUCUGGUGCGCUGUCACAGCCGGGAAGUUUCCCAAAUAAAACCCUCCGCUCUCACUCACCGCCCUCCUGCAUGUUGGCCGGCAGGGACAGUCCAAGUCCCAUCAGCUCCGGCCUCUCGGAGACCGAGGAGAGGAUGUCGUACCUCAACACGAUGACGGUACCUGACCGGCUGACGGGGUCUGGUCUACCGGUCGAGAUGUUCGGCAACCCGGCGCAGAACCACUCUGCAGACCUCCGACUGGAGACCGAACAGGACGACCGGGACAGCAACAGCUGCAGCGUGUUGCGGGCUGAGUGUGAGGACCCGGAUUCAGAGAAACCCCCCGCCAAGCAGCCGAGGACUAGGAGGAAACCCCGCGUCCUCUUCUCUCAGGCUCAGGUCUUCGAGCUGGAACGGCGCUUCAAGCAGCAGCGUUACCUGUCCGCCCCGGAGAGAGAGCACCUGGCAAGCUCCCUGAAACUCACCUCCACCCAGGUCAAGAUCUGGUUCCAAAACAGGAGGUACAAGUGUAAGAGGCAGCGACAGGACAAGACUUUGGAGAUGGCGGGUCAUCACCAUCACCACCACCACCACCCACCACCGCCGCCCAGGAGGGUGGCUGUGCCGGUGCUGGUCCGGGACGGGAGGCCGUGUCUAACUGGAUCCCAGAACUACAACACUUCUUACACAGUGGGAGCUCCAAAUCCGUACAGCUACAACGGUUAUCCACCCUAUAGCUACAACAACUCGGUAUAUACUAACACUUACUCUUGUACUUACUCUAGUUUACCUGCUCUGCCGCCCAGCAACGCCACUGCUAAUGCUUUUAUGAACAUGAAUUUGGGAAACCUUGGCGCACAGACGCAAAGCCAGGCUCCCCAAGGACCAGUGGUCACGCCCUGCCAAGGAACUCUACAGGGCAUCCGGGCAUGGUAGCGCACUCAGCAGCACAUUCACAGCUGGGAGAGACUUCUCUGGGAUGGCUGAACGGACUCGAGCACGUAGGAGAGCACAACUUAUAACUCAACACAUUACAGAAAGCACAGGCCAGGUGGCUGUGACUCAAGGCAGGCCUAUGAGGAAACCCUAACCCGCUGACUGAGAUCCAAAGCACAGUAUACGUAUUUUUUUUGUCUCUGAGCCACAAUGUAGAGAAAACUUUUUUAAAACCUGCUGUAAAAUAUUUGAUUGUAGGACUGAAUGUUGCCGACGAGCAAAGACUGUGCGUAAAGUGGCCUGUUGUGGUUCAGCGUAUAGGUGUAAUUAUAUGCGACUAAAAUAAAGGGACAAUGUAUAGACAUAUAUGUUUUUAUGCAAACAGUACAGCCCACAAUGAAUUUUAAAAAAUGGUCUAAAUAGACCCAUUCAAAUUAGAUCCCCCCAAAAACGCCACCAAAAUGGGCCACAAUUGCUGAUGCAAAGUAUUAUUCCUCUUUUUUCUUUUGGACAGUGUGAUAAGUGUUUGGCCAGUAGCCUUUGUUUUUAUUUUUGAAACAGCUUUUUUGAAAAAUAUCAAUAACGAUGAAAUUAAAUGAAUCAAGUGAC